GGACUCUGUCCCCCAUACCGACCUCGGUGCCCCGGGCACACCCUUUCCCCGAGCCAGGCCCUGUCCCCAGCCAUGGAGCUGCCGAGCGCCUGCAGCCACCCGGGCUGGUCCGUGCUGGCGCUGGUCCUGGGGCUGCUGCUCUGGGCCAGGAGGAGACGAGGCUGGGACCCGCGCAAGUGCCCCACCGACCUGACGGGCAAGACGGUCAUUGUCACCGGAGCCAACAGCGGGAUCGGCAAGUGCGUGGCCAUGGAGCUGGCCCGCAGGAACGCCCGCACCAUCCUGGCGUGCCGGAGCCAGGAGCGGGGCCAGGCGGCGGUGGAGGAGAUCCGUGCGGCCACGGGCAACCCCGCGGUGCUGCUGCGCCUGCUGGAUACCGGCUCGCUGGCCUCCGUGCGUGCCUUCGCCCAGACCGUCCUGCGGGAGGAGAAGCGGCUGGACGUGCUGGUGAACAACGCCGGCCUCACCGGGCUGCCCCUCGCCAUCACGCCCGAGGGGCUGGAGCAGACCUUCGCCACCAACUACCUGGGCCCGUUCCUGCUCACCAACCUGCUGCUGGACCUGCUGAAGGCGUCGGCACCCGCCCGCAUCGUCAACGUCUCGUCCUUCCGGCACGGCGUGGGCACCGCCGACGUCCGCUACCUCACCGGGCAGGCGCAGCCCGGCGGCUACGACCCCAUCUACAACAGCACCAAGCUGAUGAACGUCCUGUUCACGGCCGAGCUGGCACAGCGCCUGCAGGGCACAGGGGUGACCGCCAACAGCGUGAACCCCGGCGUGGUGAGCACCAGAAUCAUGCGGCACUUCAGCUGGGCCAUGCGCACCCUCUUCCUCCUCAUCCGCCCCUUCAUCAAGUCGGCGGAGCAGGGCGCCGUCAGCACCCUUUACUGCGCCGUCUCGGAGGAGGUCUCGGGCAUCACGGGCAAGUACUUCGACAGCGACUGCGCACUCGCGCUGCCCUCCGCAGCCGCCCGCGACGCCGGCCUGGCUCGCAAGCUCUGGGAGGAGUCGGAGCGGCUGACGGGGCUGCCGGCGGGCCCCCAGCACUGAGCCGGUGCUGCUGGGGGGACCCUGGGCUGCCGAGCUGCCGGGCACCCCCCGAGCUGCAGCCGGUGCCGGGGUGUGGGAUACCUGCCCAGCUCCAGCGGUGCCACCACCGUGACGCGCGGCUGAGCUCCCCCAGCCCCUUCCCCCGUGGGGCACGGGGAGCGCAGCUGCGCUGGGACGGGGCAGGGAUGUCAUCAGUGGCCAGGGGCAGCCGCAGCACUCGCAGUGCAACUCCUUUAUUAAAGACCUCCGUACGGCCAGAGCCGCUCUCCGGGCUGGGCGCCUACUCCCA